GGGAGCGACCGGGGGGGGGGCGGCGGGAAUUAGGGGAACUGCGCACGCGCGCCGCGCGAAUGUGUUUGUGUUUUUGCGUGCGUGUCUGUGUAUGUAUGAAAGUGGAAAGGGACCGGGGUGCAAGAAGAUGAAUACGAUGCUCUCCUCUCGGUGGUAGCAGACACUCUUGGCCGUCUGCUGACCCUCAGCAGCCCAUUCCAGAGAGGCUGUGGCUCCUAGCCUUUGGCUCGUUUCCACAGCAGGACCAGGCAUAAAAGUAAAAAAAAAUGAAAAUUUUUUCUGAGUCUCAUAAAACGGUAUUUGUUGUGGAUCAUUGUCCAUACAUGGCAGAAUCAUGCCGACAACAUGUAGAAUUUGACAUGUUGGUGAAAAAUAGGACCCAAGGAAUCAUACCACUGGCACCCAUAUCUAAAUCAUUGUGGACUUGCUCAGUAGAAUCCUCCAUGGAAUACUGUAGGAUUAUGUAUGAUAUAUUUCCUUUCAAAAAGCUGGUGAAUUUCAUUGUUAGUGACUCUGGACCUCAUGUUUUAAAUUCUUGGACUCAAGAAGAUCAGAAUUUGCAGGAGUUAAUGGCUGCAUUAGCUGCUGUUGGACCACCUAAUCCUCGUGCAGAUCCAGAAUGCUGCAGUAUCUUGCAUGGCCUAGUUGCAGCGGUGGAAACCCUCUGCAAAAUUACUGAAUAUCAACAUGAAGCUCGCACUAUGCUCAUGGAGAAUGCAGAACGUGUUGGAAAUAGAGGACGAAUAAUCUGUAUUACUAAUGCAAAAAGUGAUAGUCACGUAAGAAUGCUUGAGGACUGUGUUCAAGAAACCAUUCAUGAGCAUAACAAACUUGCUGCUAAUUCAGAUCAUCUCAUGCAGAUCCAAAAGUGUGAAUUAGUUUUGAUCCAUACCUACCCAGUUGGUGAAGAUAGUCUUGUGUCAGAUCGUCCUAAAAAGGAGUUGUCUCCAGUUUUAACCAGUGAAGUGCAUAGUGUUCGAGCAGGGCGGCACCUUGCUACUAAAUUGAACAUUUUAGUACAGCAACAUUUUGAUUUGGCUUCUACCACUAUUACCAAUAUACCAAUGAAGGAAGAACAACAUGCAAAUACAUCUGCCAAUUAUGAUGUAGAAUUACUUCAUCAUAAAGAAGCCCAUGUAGAUUUCUUAAAAAGUGGUGAUCUCCAUUUGGGUGGCAGUAGUAGAGAAGGCUCAUUUAAAGAAACAGUAACACUGAAAUGGUGCACACCAAGGACAAAUAAUGUUGAAUUACAUUAUUGCACAGGAGCAUAUAGAAUUUCACCUGUAGAUGUGAACAGCAGACCUUCCUCCUGCCUUACUAAUUUUCUUCUGAAUGGUCGUUCUGUUCUACUGGAACAGCCACGAAAAUCAGGUUCCAAAGUCAUUAGUCAUAUGCUUAGUAGCCAUGGAGGAGAGAUUUUUUUGCACGUCUUGAGCAGUUCUCGAUCCAUUCUAGAAGAUCCUCCUUCAAUUAGUGAAGGGUGUGGUGGGAGAGUUACAGAUUACCGGAUUACAGAUUUUGGUGAAUUUAUGAGGGAAAACAGAUUAACUCCUUUUCUAGACCCCAGAUAUAAAAUCGAUGGAAGUGUUGAGGUCCCUUUGGAACGAGCAAAAGAUCAGUUAGAAAAACAUACUCGUUAUUGGCCUAUGAUUAUUUCACAAACCACCAUCUUCAACAUGCAAGCAGUAGUUCCAUUAGCCAGCGUUAUUGUCAAAGAAUCCUUAACAGAUGAAGAUGUGUUAAACUGUCAGAAAACAAUUUACAACUUAGUUGAUAUGGAGAGAAAAAAUGAUCCUCUGCCUAUUUCCACAGUUGGUACAAGAGGAAAAGGCCCCAAAAGAGAUGAGCAGUAUCGUAUUAUGUGGAAUGAAUUGGAAACCCUUGUCAGAGCUCAUAUUAACAACUCUGAGAAACAUCAGCGAGUCUUAGAAUGUCUGAUGGCAUGUCGGAGCAAACCCCCAGAAGAAGAAGAACGGAAGAAACGAGGAAGGAAGAGAGAAGAUAAAGAAGACAAAUCAGAAAAGGUGGCAAAAGAUUAUGAGCAAGAGAAGUCCUGGCAAGAUUCAGAGAGAUUAAAAGGAAUUUUAGAACGUGGAAAAGAAGAAUUAGCUGAAGCAGAGGUUAUUAAAGAUUCUCCUGAUUCUCCAGAACCUCCAAACAAGAAGCCUCUUGUUGAAAUGGAUGAAACUCCACCUGUGGAAAAGUCCAAAGGGCCAAUGUCCUUGCUGUCUUUGUGGAGUAAUAGAAUUAAUACUGCCAACUCCAGGAAACACCAGGAAUUUGUUGGUCGUUUGAAUUCUGUCAACAAUAGAGCUGAAUUAUAUCAACAUCUUAAAGAGGAAAACGGGAUGGAGGCAACAGAAAAUGGAAAAGCAAGCCGGCAAUGAGCAGUGACUUGAAGAACUAAACCUUAGUAUAUGGCAUAAACUGUUUUAUGCUAGAUUUGAUACUAGUACUUUUUCAGCAAGAUUGUAUAGUUACAUUGCCUGGACUGGUUUUUACAAUUUUAUAAAUUUCAUCUAAUUUGAUCUUUUUAUACAAGAUGUAGAACUGGCACAUGGUAACUGAAGGAUUCACAGAUGGGAUUUGUCCUACAAAUCAUAAAUGCAUUUUAAAGUAAAGAGCAUUUCUUCUGGAAAUGUUAAAGAUGGUCUUGUAUCUUUUUGCCAAAUAAAAUUGUUAAAAUAUCUUUAAAAUAAAA